GCUGACAGGGUGCGCGGGGCUGGCUGGGUGUGCUCAGCCAACACACAGCCCCAGGAACCGGUUUGUCAGGGCCAGCACGAGGCACCUCCCUCGGUGUCCCAGCCUGGGGCCCCUUCCCUCGGGUGAGGAGGAAGAGAAGCCAAGGGCAGUGAUGAAGGGGCUGAGCCGUCUGCUCCACACCGCGGAGGACGCCACACAUGGAGCCGCGGCAGCCAGCCAUGACGGCCUGUUGCCAGAUGAGAGAGAAUUUCAAUAUGCUGCUAAAAUGAACAAUUUGGAAACCAUGGAAAAGCUUUUUAAAAAGAAUGUUAACAUGAAUGCUGUAGAUACUCUGAAGCGCACUGCAUUCCAUUUUGCUGUUGCGAGAAGUCAUAUAUCAGCAGUGGAUUUUCUUCUCCAUCACAAAGCUAGACUUGAUAUAGCAGAUCAGCACGGCUUGACAGUGAUUCAUCUUGCAGCUUGGAAUGGAAAUCUGGAUAUAAUGCGAAAAUUAGUUAAAGCAGGUGCUGAUCAAAAGGCUAAGAAUGAGGAAGGAAUGAAUGUACUGCACUUUGCAGCUCAGAACAACAGUGUUAAAAUUGUGGAUUAUUUUCUUCAAGAUCUUCAUCUUAAUGAGUUGAACAAGCCUGAUGGGAAAGGUAAAAAGCCAUUUCUUCUGGCAUCUGAGAAAGGUCAUGUUGACAUGAUAAAAAACUUGAUUACUCUGAAGCUGUUUACAUCUGAAAAAGAUAAGGAGGGAAACACAGCAUUGCAUCUAGCUGCCAAAAAUGGUCACAGCAAAGUUGUAGAAAUUCUGCUUGAACAGUGGGAGGAAAUAAAUGAACUCAAUCAGAAGGGAGAAACUCCAUUUUACUUAUCUGUUGAAGGUGGUCAUGAAAAAUGCGCUGAACUCCUACUGGAAGCAGGGAGUGACAUCAAUAUUUUAACUCAUGUAUGUACACAGUAUACCUCCAGCACACAGAACAAUAGCAGUGCUUUGCAGAUUGCAAUUCAGAAUGGACACUUAUGCUUGGUUACUUUUCUUAUUGAUAAGAAUAUUGACCUGGCUCCUAAGCCUGAGCAGAAGAAUUCCUCUCUCCAUCUAGCAGUCAUGAGUAAUCAACUACCAGUAGUAAAAAGCCUCUUGGAUAGCAACCAUGACAUAAACGCCUUAAAUCAUAGGCAGGAAACCCCUCUGCAUCUGGCAGCUGAUCUUGGCAACGUGGAGCUGGUGGAAGUGCUGCUGAAGGCAGGCUGCAAACUCAAGACCACGGAUAAGCAUGGGAAAACUGCACUAGCUGUGGCAUCAAGGAGCAAUCACGCCCUCAUCGUAGAUAUGAUCAUUAAAGCAGAAAGAUACUAUGCCAUGAAACAGGAAAAUCCAGCUGAUAGUGAUGACGGGUCACACUUUGGCUUGUCUUUCAAACAAGAUCAUAGUACACAGACCAAGCAAAUCCGUUCUGCCCUGUGGAAUCUAGCAUACAACCAGUUAAAACCCCAGGAAUGGAAAAAACUGGCCCAGUGCUGGAAGUUCACAGAUGAACAAAUUAAAGCUAUUGAAGAACAAUGGACAGGGAAAAAGAGCUAUAAGGAACAUGGAAACAGAAUGUUGCUUAUCUGGUUACACGGUAUACUGCUGGCUCACCAGAACCCUGUGAAGCACAUCUACGAAGAUCUGGUGGACGCAGGAUUUCGGCCUUUAGCUGAGAAGAUCAGAGCUGCAAGUAGUGCUGACAUGGACUCCAGAAAAUGUGUGAUUUCUUGAGUUCAUCAAUAAAAUAUGGCAUAUACGAUGGAAUCACAGGCCAGGUGGAAAGUGACUUUCAAAUACCAAUAAUAUGUUUUCUAGAAACAAAAACCUAUUUGGAAGCUGUAUGACUUUUUACAAACUUGAAGAACUUGCACUCCUGAAAUAGUGCUUAGUUGUUAUGUUUUUUUUUUUUUUUUUCUCAUAUGCUUGCUAUAAUAUUAUUUAAAGAAUUUAAGAGUGAAUGGCCUGCUGGUAAUUUAUGACUAUACUGCUAAGCAAGAACUACCCCCUCUACAAUUUCUACACCUGAUAAACUAACAUUGAUAAACUAAUUCUGUAUUGGAACUGCAAAUUAAGCUGUUCUGUCUUUGACAUGAAAUGUAAAUGAGAUGUUUUCUACCUGAAAGAAAUUAAAUUUAAUAAGUGAAAAUUAUAUGUAUAAAUCAACACUUCCAGAAAUAGGUCUCAUUUGGGAUUUAGGUGUUUAUAAAGUCUUGUUAGGAUUAUAGUGUUCCUGUCUGAAGAGGGCUUUGCUCUUGUUUAAUUAGUGUGAGGAUUAGGACAAGUCUUUCCUUUUCAGUAUUUGAUUUAUGUAGUGAAAAUACACAAAAAAGCACUGUCUAAAACCAUGUGUGGCUGGCUGCAGAACUUUCUAGAAUGGCAUAACCUUUGUAUACACACUCAAAAAAGAACAUUUGAUAUAUAAUAUUUAACACACUUAGCAUUUAUUUACCUAUUUUUUUGGUCAUAUCUUAAAUUAGUAUUUGGUAGUAUUUUGCUGAACAUUUUUACAUGGUUUCUCAUUGAGUAUAUUUUGCAUCUGAAAAAUUAUGUAAAAUGUCUGUCUUUGUAGUCUUCUCUAUAAGAAAACAGCAGUAGUUUGAUCACAUAAUGAAACCAUUGAGUAUGUAUAGCUAGCAUUAUUUCGUACUAAAUCUUACUGUUUGUAAUCAAAAGAUGAUGAUCUGUAUCUUAGUCUGAAGUCUUACUCCUAACCCAUCUCUUGUGCAAAACCUGUUUUACCACAGCUGCAGAGCACCACAGGAAUCUGAAGAACAGACUAGUAAAUCCUCUGGUUUUGGAAUUAGGGACCUCAGAUCACAAAUUCUUAGAUACUGACAGGUAGACAUCAAGUUCUGCAACAUUAGCUUGGAAAAUGAGAACGUUUAACAACUUGACAGCCUCAGUACCUCACGUGGCCCAAGUUGCACCCCAGGUGUGAAGGCUGCAACCUCAUUAUUCUUCUUUUCAGUAUGCUGUUGUAGGAUAUCAUUAAAAUGUGUGUCAAGUACAUUUAGUUGCAGAAGCAACUAAAAACAUGUGUAACAAAGAUAAAUUAAAUUUUCAGUUUAAAACAGACACUAGUAACAUUAGAACUAAACAAAGAGAUUCAGACAAAAACCACAUUCUAUCCUUUAUUUAAAAGCGUGCAAAAGAUUCCUUAAAUAAAAAGUGUUUAUCUUAAUAAAAUAAGUUCUCACACAGUCUGGAGGUAGAACAACAUUUCAAGCUCUCUUAUCCCCCUUCAGUUAUUUACUAUAAAAGCACCUUUACUUUAAAAAUAUUUUUUUUU